CACCUAAAAAAAUGUCAAUGACACCGGCUUGACACCUUUCAAUCCGUCAAUUCGGUUCCAAGUUGUCGUUUCUUGUAUUUCGGGCUUCUCUGCUUAGUAAAUAGAAAAUGAGCGACGAAUACGAGGAAAGUGCGGUCAACAGCGACGACGACAACAACACAGACAGCCCAGCGCAAGCCAACGUUGAAAAUGAAAGUGAUUCGGACGCGGAAUCUGAGCCAGCCGUGAAACGGCCCAAAGUCGAGGAUCACACUAAGCUGGUCGCGACUCACUACAAUGAAAUCGAGGAAAAAGGCCUGGCGGAGCGCUCCCAGUCGCGGAUAGUGUUCAUGAGGAACUUCAACAACUGGAUCAAGAGCAUGCUCAUCAACGAGUACUUGAACAAGCUCAAGGCUUCGCAGAAACUGGGCUCGCCUCUGCGAGUGCUGGAUAUGUGCUGCGGCAAAGGCGGCGACCUGCUCAAGUGGGAGAAGGGAGGCAUCACCCAUUUAAUCUGCACCGAUAUUGCUGACGUUAGCCUGGAGCAGUGCGAAUCGCGCUAUAAGAAACUCAACAAUCGCUUCGACAACCGAUUCGGGAAGGUGUUCACAGCCGAGUUCUUCGCCUGCGACUCGACCCUGGUGCGCCUCAGGGAGCGCUACAAGGACCCGUCAAUGGAACUUCACCUUGUCAGCUGCCAAUUUGCCUUCCACUACUGCUUUGAGUCCAUGGGCCAGGCGGAGUGCAUGAUCCGCAACGCGGCCGAGUGCCUGGCGCCCGAUGGUUACUUCAUCGCGACGAUCCCUGAUGCAAACGAAAUCAUGCGGCGGCAGAGACAGGCUGGAAACAGGUCGUUCGGCAACGACGUGUACAAUAUCGAGUUUAUCUGUGAUACCGAGAAACCUCCUCUAUUCGGGGCCAAAUACAAAUUCAAGCUGGAAGGGGUGGUCGACUGUCCGGAGUUUUUGGUGCACUUCCCUACGCUAGUGAAACUAUGUAAAAAGUACGGCUUAAAGCUGGAAUCCAAGGUGGGAUUCGCGGACUACUUCCAGAAAAGCUUGCCAGACGGCAAAGGUUUACUCUCCCGGAUGCAGGCAUUAGAAACGUAUCCAGCACAAAAGAACGCCAAAUUAGUGGGCAAGGACGAAGAUUACGCGCAUGCGCAGGAGUAUUUAGGACAAAAUUCGAAAGGCGACCGGUUUAAAGUUGUGGGAACUUUGUCGAAACCGGAAUGGGAAGUGGCAACUCUUUACCUGGUCUGUGCAUUCAGGAAAUGCAAGACGAUGUGGGACGCGGAGGGGAAGCCGGUCUACGACUGUUAAACUUUAAGAUAAAGAUUUUUUUGGUGUUUUAGUUAAUGUAAGGCUCCGUUCUAGAGACAUCGAGUAUGCAUAAAUAUUUUUUUUAACCAUGCGAGUAAAA